AUGUUCGCCUCGGUGGGCCCUCGGGGCGGCCCGCGCCCACCCGUCGCCCCGGCCAUCCCGGAACCGGACCUGAGCCACCUGACGGAGGAGGAGAGGAAGAUCAUCAUGGCUGUGCUGGCUCGGCAACGGGAGGAGGAGGCGAAGGAGGAGGCCAUGUUAAAAGAAGAGAAGCCUAUCCAAGCAAGAACGGUGAACCUGGUUGGGCAGAAAAAACCUCCGCAGCAAAACGAUGUCCGAGGCAUCCAGCAGCAGCUGUCCAGCUACAGGGAGACGGUGAUCCGGCAGGCCACGGCGGCGACGGGGUCGGCCGUUCACAGGGAUGACGCGCCAACCUGCGGCAUCUGCCACAAGACCAAGUUCGCAGAUGGCUGUGGGCACCUGUGCUCGUAUUGCCAGACCAAGUUCUGCGCCCGCUGCGGGGGAAGAGUCUCCCUGAGAUCCAACACGGAGGACAAAGUGUUGGCUUUGUGUUCUUUGUUCGGGGGCCAAAAGCAGCCCACAGUGAAGCCAAGCUGCUGCCUGGUGAUCUGGGUUUGUAACAACUGCCGGAAGCAGCAGGAGCUCCUGACCAAGCCAGGCGAGUGGUUCACCGCUCCGUCUGGGAAGUCCACUGGUCUCGGUUCAGCCAUCAGUGAACCGUCCGUGUGCCAAACUCCUGGUGAUAAGAAGCUCCGGUCUCGAUCCCAAGCACCUCCGGGCUCUACCACCGCAAACCUAGACCCCAACCGACCGGGCGCACCUGGGACCACACCUGGCAACGACGCCCGGUCACGUAGCGAACCACCACGAGACACGAGAAAUGGACGGGGAGGGGGAGGAGCUGGUCGGGGAGAACGCAGACAAGGUCAGCCCAGACUGCAGACCCAGGUCUCCAUGGACCGGGACCUCCGGGGCGAGUCCAGGGAACGUAGGGAAGGCCGGCGGCUGUCAAAGGGACGCUCUUUGGAGCACGAUCCUGUGGGAGGAGGUGGUGGGGUGAGACGGACAGAAGAGGGGGGCUACCACCACAUGGACCACAGCGUUGGCCCCCCUCGCCAAGCAGGGCCGGUCCCUCCUGGAGGCCGGGGCCACCCUGGGCCCGGGCAGGGUCGUGGCACGGGUGUAGGGGGGGAGAUGGGGGAUGGCGUUCGACCCGGGCAGAGGACGGUGGGUGGGGUCGGUGGGCUGCAUGAACACGCCCCAGGGCAACAAGUCCCUCCCCCUGAACUCAGAGAACCUCCGGGUUCGGGUCCUGGAACAGUCCCUGGCCAGGGACCCGUAGUGAGACGGACCAAACGGGAGAAGGCUGAAAGCAUGCUUCGCAACGAUUCGCUAAGCUCUGACCAAUCGGAAUCUCUGCGUCCACCACCGCCAAGACCUUACAAGUCAAAGAGAGGGCUGGGGGCCGGAGGGAAGAGGCAAACCAGCGUCAGCAGUUCAGAGGAGGAGGGGGGGACCACGCCUGAGUACAGCAGCUGCGAGGAUGCUGAGAUCGAAAGCGUCAGCGAGAGAGGCGACUGGGAGUGUUACCCACAUGACCCCACCGUAUGGCAUCAUCCUGUAACCUGGCAGCCGUCCAAGGAGGGAGACCAUCUGAUUGGACGAAUCACGCUCAGUAAGAGGAGCGCCACCAUGCCUAAAGAAGCUGGGGCUCUGCUGGGGUUAAAGGUGGUGGGAGGCAGAAUAACAGAGUCAGGGAGAUUAGGUGCCUUCAUCACUAAAGUCAAGAAGGGAAGCCUGGCUGAUGUGGUGGGGCAUCUGAGAGCAGGGGAUGAGGUUUUACAGUGGAAUGGGAAGCAGUUACCGGGGGCGACCAUGAAGGAAGUUUACAAUAUCAUCCUGGAGUCUCAAGCGGAGCCUCAAGUGGAGCUAGUGGUAUCCAGGCCUAUUGGGGUGUAUAGAAAAUAUCAUGAUAUCCCAAGAAUCCCCGACACGUCCCACCCUCCAUUAGAAUCUACAGGUUCCAGUUCAUUUGAGUCCCAGAAGAUGGAGAGACCAUCCUUAAACGUCCUAUCUCCCUCCAGUCCUGGGAUGCUCCAAGACGCUCCACAGCUGAUGCCUGGACAGCUCUCAGUGAAGCUAUGGUAUGACAAAGUGGGUCACCAGCUAAUAGUCAACGUGAUGCAGGCUACAGAGCUUCCUCUCCGGCCUGACGGGCGGCCCAGGAGCGCCUACGUCAAAAUGUACUUCCUCCCUGACCGGAGUGACAAGAGCAAACGGAGGACAAAAACAAUGAAGAAAACCUGUGAGCCCAAGUGGAACCAAACAUUCGUCUACACUCACGUCCAUCGCAGGGAUUUCCGCAAUCACAUGCUGGAGCUAACCGUGUGGGACCAGCCCAGGUCUCCAGAGGAGGACAGCACUUUUAUGGGAGAGAUCCUGAUAGAGCUGGAGACGGCCUUGCUGGACGACAAACCUCACUCGUAUCCACUCCAAACCCAUGAUGUCUCAUCCAUACCGCUACCCCAACCUUCCCCGUACCUGCCCCGACGACAAACACACCCUGACACCCCAGGCAGGAAGCUGCAGCGUUCUCAGCGUGUAACAGACCCUGAAUAUGAUGAGGGUACUGCAGUAGUGUCUAAAGCAGACGGACGUGGCAGGGAGAGGCAACGGGAGCCCACGUCUACCCUGGAGGUGCCUGAGCAGCAGAGGACGCCCGCCCAUCACAUACGUUCCAGAUCGGUCUCCCCGCACCGCGAGGAGCAGGGCCGCAUCUGGUCACGACCACCCAAUGUUCCCACCCAGAGGAGUCUGGACGAUGAGCUUCCUCACGCUCGUCGUUCUCGUUCUCCGACCCGCUACUACGACCCUGCCAGAGGCCGCCACCAGGAGGAGGAGUACCUGGACGACAGUGAGGUCAUCAUGAUCCACCAGUCAAUGCGAGGCAAAAGUGCAGAGUGCCUCCACACCAGUGAUCUUCAGCCUUCUCUGGACAGGGUUAGGAGCGCUAGUGCCAACUGUCUGACUCCAGACAAUCAUAUCCCCUCACCAGAGACUGAAAGAAAAUCUUUCUCCCAUUUCCUACCCCGGAGACGUCCCGCAAGUCCCAGGAUUCUAAUCCAACAUGCUUCCCCUGAAGAUGACAGAAUAUGGAUGCUACUUCCCACUCAAGAGAAUUUAAUUCACCUCAGUACAAAGAGGCAGCCUCGGACCCUGGAAACAACUGAAUGUCACACUCUUGGCAGGAAACUCUCUGACAGUAGCAGGGGCCACCUCCAAGGUGGUGUGUCUCUUACCUCCUCAGUGACGUCCUCCUCGGCCCGCAGGGUGAGGCAACUCCCGCAGCUUCCCCCCAAGAGCAACACCGCAGAACAAGCCCUGGUAGCAGAGGAGCGCGUUCGUCAGCUCCAGAUGAGGGUUCAUUCCAACCGGGUGUCAACAGCCACCACUUCCAGCCAACAGGACCUGGACAGAUCCCUGAAGAACAAACGGGAGAUCUAUAAGGACCAGAGGAGGAGCAGCGAGAACAUCUCCCAUAAGUCCUCAGACAGUGAUGUCAGCGACGUGUCAGCCAUCUCUCGAACCAGCAGUGCCUCUCGCAUCAGUAGCACCAGCUACAUGUCCAUCCAGUCAGAGAGACCAGUCAGGGGACGCUUCAGCCGGGCCAUGCGCGCAACGGGCCGCCACAUGAUCACCACCAGCGUGAGCGGCGAGAUCUACGGCAUGGACCACGCAGACGGCAGCCAAUCAGACACGGCCCUCGGAAGCCUGGGAAGCGGAAUCAAAAAGCGGCGCAACAGCCUCAGCCAACGCGUGGUCAACAUCCUGCCAUCCAGACGCAGCCGGAGUACCUCGCAACUCAGCCAGACAGAGGCGGCGGGUAAGGCGGCGGAAAGACAGAAAGAAGCUCCGACAGGUAAAAAGGUUGGUAAGGGGGGCAGCAGCAGCAUACAGAGGAGCGUGGAGACUGGCAUGGCGGUGGAGUACCCACGAGGAACGACAGCCAUGAACCGGCAGGCCAGCAGAGAAUCCACCGACGGCAGCAUGAACAGCUACAGCUCUGAGGGGAAUCUGAUCUUCUCAGGGAUGCGGUUGGGUGCCGACAGUCAGUUCAGUGACUUCCUGGACGGUUUAGGUCCUGGUCAGCUGGUGGGCCGGCAAACACUGGCAACACCUGCCAUGGGUGAUGUUCAGAUCGGUUUGAUGGAUAAGAAAGGCCAGCUGGAGGUGGAGGUGAUCAGGGCACGAGGCCUUACCCCCAAACCAGGCUCCAAAUCCCUCCCAGCUCCCUAUGUCAAGGUGUACCUGCUGGAUAGUGGAUCUUGUAAAGCCAAAAAGAAAACUAAGAUUGCACGAAAGACCCUGGAGCCCCUCUACCAGCAGCAUCUGCUCUUUGAAGAGGGUCCCCAGGGCAAGGUGCUUCAGGUGAUAGUGUGGGGCGACUAUGGACGAUUGGACCACAAAUGUUUCAUGGGUGUAGCACAGAUCCUAUUGGAGGACCUGGACCUCUCAAGCACGGUGAUUGGCUGGUACAAACUGUUUCCGCCUUCCUCAUUGGUGGACCCUACAUUAGCUCCGCUCACGCGGCUGGCGUCUCAGACGUCAUUGGACAGCUCAGGACCGCCGCCCGGCGUUCGGUCCUAG